AUGGGACUUUUUGAUAAACUUCAAGAAGCAUUAGUUAACCUUCAACUUGAUAUUGGUGACUUAAAAGGGCAAGGAUAUGACAAUGGCUCUAACAUGAAAGGCAAAAACAAAGAUAAUCUAAAGGAAGGCCUCAUGGCUAAGUCGUUGUCGCAAACACAUUGGAAAAGUCGUAUUAAAAGUGUUAAACCACUAAGAUACCAUGCUUCAAAAAUAAGAGAUGCUUUAGUUGACUUGUACAACAAUCCUACCACAGAUUCGAUUGCAAAAAGUGAAGCUAAAUCCCUGGUAACUCAUGAACUUGAGACUUUUGAGUUCUUGUUUAGUAUUGUAAUUUGGUACAAUUUGUUGUUUCAUGUGAACUCUGCUAGCAAGCUUUUUCAAAGUGGAGAUAUGGAUAUAACAGUUGUUGUAAAGCAGCUAGAUGGGCUUGUUAAGUAUGUUGCAAUGUAUAGAGAAGUUGGUUUCAUGGAGGCUAUGGUUGAAACUAAAGAAAUGGCAAGUGAAUUGGGAAUUGAACCUACAUUUGUUGAAAAGCGCAUCAUUUCUAGAAAGAAACAAUUUGAUGAGAAUGUUAGCAGAGAGGUGACCCAGUCGGCUGAAGAAUCGUUUAGAGUUGAUUACUUCUUUUAUAUUGUUGAUCAAGCCCUUUGUUCACUCAAAAAUAGGUUCGAACAAUUCAAAGUGUAUGAGACAAGCUUUGGCUUUUUGUUUGACUUGAAAAGGUGCAGCGAUGAGUCGUUGAAGGCAAAGUGUGUGAACCUUGAAGAAUUUUUAAAACAUGGUAAGAUUUUCGAUAUUGAUGGAAGAGAUUUAUUAAUGGAGCUAAAAGUCUUGAAAGAGAGAUUGUCAAAAAAAGUCAAUAAACCAAUUGAAGUGCUCAAUCAUCUACAAUUGAUGACAAAUUGUUUCCCAAAUUCAUGGGUUGCUUAUAGGAUAUUUUUGGCUAUUCCGGUUACAGUUGCAUAG